CCCGGCGGAGCCACGUCCGCUGCGGCGCGAGGCGGGGCGGUCCCGGAUGGAGGCGGCCGCCAUUUAGAGCGCCCGCAGCGCAAAGCGCGGGGCUGCUGGCCUGCCGCCGCCAUGAGGAGCGCGCCGCGCCUGCUGCUGCUCGCCCUGCUCGUCUUUCCCGCCGCCCUGCUGCUCCGGGGCAGCGGCGCAGGUUCAGGCUUAUUAGCUGCAGCUCAGGAUGCUACAGAAGAUGAGGAAGCUGUGGAAGAUACUGUAGUUGAAGAUGAAGAUGAUGAAGCUGAAGUUGAAGAAGAUGAGCCUACAGACUUGACAGAAGAAAAAGAGGAAGAAGACUUGUCAGGAGAACCUAAGGCCUCACCUAGUGCUGAUACAACAAUAUUAUUUGUCAAAGGUGAAGAUUUUCCAGCAAACAACAUUGUGAAAUUCCUGGUAGGCUUCACCAAUAAGGGUACAGAAGACUUCAUUGUUGAGUCUCUUGAUGCUUCAUUCCGGUACCCACAAGACUACCAGUUUUAUAUCCAGAACUUCACAGCUCUCCCCUUGAAUACAGUAGUUCCACCACAGAGACAAGCAACAUUUGAGUACUCUUUCAUCCCUGCUGAGCCUAUGGGGGGCCGUCCUUUUGGAUUAGUUAUCAAUCUCAACUACAGAGAUGCAAAUGGUAAUAUGUUUCAAGAUGCUGUCUUCAAUCAAACGGUUACAAUUAUUGAAAAAGAAGAUGGAUUGGAUGGAGAAACGAUCUUCAUGUACAUGUUCCUUGCUGGACUUGGUCUCCUUGUUAUUGUUGGCCUACAUCAGUUACUAGAAUCUAGGAAGAGAAAAAGACCAGUACAGAAAGUUGAAAUGGGAACAUCGAAUCAGAACGAUGUUGAUAUGAGCUGGAUUCCCCAGGAAACUUUAAAUCAAAUCAAUAAAGCUUCACCAAGGAGGUUGCCCCGCAAGAGGGCACAGAAGAGAUCAGUGGGCUCUGAUGAGUAAAUGUUAACUAGUGCAACAAAUGAACCUUUACUAAUCCUGCCUGUUGGGUUUUUUUUUGUAUUGGAGUAGUGCGGAGUCCGUGUCAGCGCAAGGAAAAUACUGCUAAACAUUUGGACUGAACAGUUCAACUGAAUGGUGUUAAUAUUACUGAAAAUGCACUUCUCUUUUUUGUUAAAUAAUUGUUGGGGGGAGCCUUUAAGGUUUGUGCCUGCGUGUGUAAGCAGUUGGUCUUAACAGAACCGUGUUACCUGAAAUGUGCCUUUAGAGUUCUUUUAAAUGCUGGCUUGUCCUCUGUAUACUUGGAAGGGUAUUUUCCCCUCCCCAUAAUCUGAAUGUCUAGUGACUUAAUUUGUCUUGAUUGUAUCCUGCCUAUCAGAACCUGUAUACGUUUUUCUUCUCGGUGACUUUGUUCUCUAUCGCACACAGACUCAAGUUUGUGUGUCCAGCCCUGUUCAGGCACUCAUCAUCUGGAUUUCUGUGCAGUUAGCAUUCUAAAGGCACAAUUGGGUAUAGCUGCUUGUAGUGGUAGAUACUUCGCUGCUGUUUUGACCUGGGCAUGCAGGGACCUAAACAUCUGAAUUUAUCUGCAUGGAUGUUAGGACAACUCUUACACGGCAGCAGAACUUGUGAAGCAUGGAAUUUGUGUGCUGAAUUGGUAUUACUACAUAAAUUUUUUUUAUACCCAACUUGUUAAAUGGUUAUUGAGUCAUUCCAACAGUUUAGGUGUUCUCAAUAUAGUGGUACCUCUGCAGUGUUACCCAGGUAACUUUGAAUAAGCCAAAACAACUUUCCAGUACGUUCUUGGUACUCUCACAAAGACUCGAAUGCUGUCUAUAUCAAAACAUGUGGAAUUUCCUUCAAGCUUUACGUGGGGCAAAGACUUGGACCUAUUCCAUGCACUUGAAACUGAAUAAGAAAAGCACUUGGCUUCAAGUAAUCUUUUUAAAUGACAAAUGGUUAAAUUCAACCUUUAUGGUUUUUAAACCUGUAAUUUAGACCAAUCUACUGACAACUCUGAGUUAAGUUUUUUAUCUCCUUGGCUUUCUCAUUAGAAACAGAAGCGUUUCUAUUAAAUACGUGUUACUUCAGUACUUCAACAGAAAAGUUGUAUGUAACCAAAAUGGGAUUUCUUGUGGUAGAGGCACAGCUUACACAGUUAGCAGGAACAGAGAUGCUGAUCUGCAUCCAUUGCAUUCUGGGCUUGUAACUUUGAGGGGUUGAAGGGGGAGGAAAGCAGAUAAAGCAAAGUCAGUUUGGUACUUGAGAAAGCUCAAAUUGUUUCCAUCUCAGUUGCAGUUCAUUGUGUCUGAAGGUAAUCUGGGAGCUUGUUCAGGAAUAGGCACUGAUUUGAGAUGCAGGUCAGGAAGGAGAAAAAAAAUCACCUGUGCAGAAGGGCUUUUGGAUCAGUUCUUGUUCUGCAGGGGCUGAGCUUCUAAGGCAACGAAAGUGGAGCAAUACUUAUAAAUCAUGUGAUAUAUUGGAGGCAUCUCUGAAACUACCUGCACUGAUGUACUUGUGCUGUCUUAUAUACAGUGCCAGAAUGAAUUGCAGAGAUGUUCGUGACUCAUCUCUGUGUGGGAAACAGAAUGGGAAGAACAACCCCUAGUCCUGCCUUCAUCAAUUUCAUGACAUGCCAGCCUAAGUAGAAUAGUUCUAGUAGAGAAGCUUGCUGGAUGAUCAUUUGGCAAAGUGAGUAACUUUGUAACAGCUGACUACUCAAAUUAUAUGCAACAACUUUGCCUUUAGUGUUGCCUCUGUGGUAGGUUUACAAGCCUAGAUUCAGUCUUGCAUUAGUUCAGCAAGAUGUUUGUGCAAUAAAUGGUUUGUAUGGUACAAUCCAUAGCUGUUGUAGGGGCUGACAUACUCAGUUUUACUUCUUGUUCCUUUUUGUGGGUUAUGCAUCUCAAGAUGGGUUUUUUGGUUUAUCUCCCAUCUUCUGGGAAUAGGUAAUCUUAAACUGCAUUCAACUUCUCACAGAAUUUCAAGAUUUGAAAGCACCUCAGUAAUAAAUCUGAGCUGCUCUAGAUAAGUGGGGCUCCAAGAGGAAAAGCAAAGGAUGAGAAGACAGGACAGCAACUUAGGAUAUCCAAGUUCUGUUUCAUCAGGAAGGGCUAAACUCCGCGGGACUCCUGGAGCAAGUCAGUCCUUCAAUAUCUUACACUGAACAGAACUUCAGACAAGUUGCAGUAGGACUGCAGCACUGUGCUUAGAUUAGAAAGAAGAAUUUUUAAGGUUUCAGCUUUCCUCUCUGCACUUAGUAGUGAACAUCUAAAUGCUUAAGUUCUGAGCAUGAAAGAGAAAACAGUUUAGCAACUUGCAUAGGAGCUAACAGUUGGACAACUGUAAUAAGACUGAUCAUAGGACUUAGCACUGACCUGGGAUGGUUCAUAAUAACUUUUCUGGCUGGGAGCUGUCAGUUCCUAUGACCAGUAGCUAGUGAUCUGCUAUUGUGAUAAAUGGGGCAGCAGUUUAAAAUUGUGUUUAGCUGCUGUAACCAAGUUUUGUUCUAGAGUGGUAGCAGUUGAACUUUGGCAUCUCUUACGUUCUUUCUAGUAAGUGUCCAUUACACUCAGCUUUUUACAUAUGAGAGAAAGUGGUUAUUGCAUUGUGGCUGGGAGUGUAGGAAUUUUCAUUUUGAUACUUGAAUUUUCUACUCAGUUUUGAAACUAAAUAGCUUAGCUGUACGUGGUAUUUAAUGUCAUUACAUAAUAUUAGUUAAUACCAAUAAAUAGCUGAGCAGGGUAUCGUUUCAUUCACUCCAACAUGUUAGCAGCAGUUCUGCUUGUGUCUGUGCUGCCCCUUCACUUCAGGUGGCACAAGCACUUGUGUCAUCCAGCAUGCUCUCAUCAGCUUCCUUGCCAGUUCAUUGCACUGUCACACACCUUUCGUGUGAGGUUAUGGGGAGUCAGGGCUGUGAAAGAUCUUACUGGAAAGAGAUGCUUUUAGACUACAGAAGAAAUUAUGACCCUAUUUUGUAGCAGAAAGACUGCUAUUCAUUUCUCAUGUUUCCUAAACUAAUUAGGGAAAUUGUGAGGGUUUCACAAGGCUGCCUGUGGGGUCAGGAAAAAAAAAAAGCAGUGCAUUGUUUUGUCUGUGUUAAUAGCUAAGUAUUAAUUGGGUACAUCUGAAUUGUACUUUGAUACUUGUCUUCUAUUCUUCUAUACUAUACUGUCUUUGUGAAAAGCUUUUUUCCAAUAUCACUUAAUAUGAGUGGCAGCUGUCAGAUGAAAGGAUUAAGCUUUGUCUGAUCAUCUGUGUACAAAUUAGUUCAAUUGUAGGCUGUGGAGUUGAGUGAAACAUAGUAACAAUGGCCCUACUUCAGCUUAUUUGGAAACGGGGAUGAACACCUGAGUUCAGGUAGGCUGGGUGUCUUGGAAUGGAUGCAAUCUAAAGCAUCAUUCACUGCUUUUAUUUCUGGUAUGCAUGGUGCUAAACAAAACGUUGCAUUUGAAAGCUCUGAAUUCAGGGAAGUGGUGAGAAAGUCAUUUAAUGUAGGCUAGUUGUGUUUUUCAGUGUGCCUGGUGUGCUAGGCAGCAGUUAAGUCUGUUCUUUCUCCUCCAAAGGGAAGACAGUACCUACCUCAUAGGAGUGACCAAGGGCUGUUUCAGGAGUGUUUUCAAGCUACUUGAGACUUGCACAACAUGCUUCCAUAAAGCUAGUAAGACAUGGCACUGAUGUAGUGUGAUGGCAACUAUACAGGUUCGUGUUCCGUCAGUUUCUCUCCCUCACUGGAAAGAGCUGAGCAGCUUCAGUAAAACUUCUCUUAAAUAUGCAGAGGAAUUGCAAUCGACUUACAGGGGAGAGCGAAGCCACAAUGAAUGCAUGCUCAGCCAGUUUCUGCAGGAGCCAACAGGUGGGCUUUACUAAGUUCUCCUCUCACGCUUUCUCCAUGUAACUUUAAAUUUUCCCAGGGACUUUUUUAAUCAAAGUGAUACAGAUGAUUGUUCUUGUACACACAAUCAACAGUUUAAGAAUGACUGAUGGUUUUGGAUGAUUAAGUUCAGAUGAUGUAUCGCAACUGCAUUAAGUUAACCAGCAGGUGAUGUUUUCAUUUAUAAGUGAGAUCAGAUCUCUUAAAGUGGCUGCAGGUAUUUUGUAAACUUGAAGUUUUCUUAGCAUCUUGUAGCUGUGUUGUUUGUUUCUUUUCUUUUCUUUUUUUAAAUAAAGCAUGAGUAUGGCACCAAAAAGCCUGAGUGGUACCUGGGUGCUCUCUUCCUUGAUAAGCAACCUCUAGUAGCAAGUGCUCAAGAGGAAUGAAAAUAGACUGUAGUUGGGAAGCCAUUUUGCAAAUGCAUUUGGAAUGAGAAGAAUAACAAGGAGGUAUUUUGUGGUACUCUGAACAGCAGGCAGAUACUAGAAUUAAGAUUCCUUCUUGAAGAACAAGGGAGGGCCUGAGAAGAAUCGUUCUCAGUUCAAGAACUGAGCCAUAGUGCUGCAUUCCCACAUGGAAUAACCUAUAGGCAGUGAGGAAAGGAUCUGCUGAGAUGAUUAAAGGCAGCUGGAGCAGAGUGCUAACAAAGCCAAAUCCCUGUAGCUCUAAGAUGUGUACCAUUGUCUAAGCAAACAACAUUGCAGGCAGCAGUACUGAAAAUACCAGUUCAGGGAGGUAGGCUGCAUCUGAGCAGAGGAUGAGGUAAGACCUCCUGGAAAAGGGCAAAGUAAUCCAUAAGCAAGGUAAGUUUGAUUCAUCCAAUACUUCAUUACACCUUCUGUGUAGGUGUGGAUUCUCACUAAUGCUGUGACGAAGCAGUCAGUAUGGAAAUCUGUUCUAUCGCUCAUCCUUCACUUUGUUACUUCGCUAGCUGCGAGUAAUUUAGAUCCUGUCAUCUUUCACUGCAGUACUAUUUCCUUCAAGCAAUGUAGUUCACUGGUUCAGUCUUCCAGUGUGUAGUUGUUGAGGUAUCUUUAUGUAAUAGUAACAUCUGUGCUUGGCCCCUGCUUCCAAGAUGCAGCAGCCACUUCCAAAAACAGCGCUUAGGCUCUCCUUUGUUUCUCACCUAUUGUUAGGUAGGGCACAGGCUGACUUUUUACCCCCCAAGGUUAGAACUGCAGAGGAUAACUUGGCUUGUGCUUAGCAGAGUAGGAACCUUGUGCAAAGAAGUAUAGAUGUUUUCCAAUAGCCUUGAUUCUAAAAUAGUUUCCCUGCUACCUCUGGUGUCCAGCUGCCUCUAAUACCACAACUUGUCCAAGAUGAGUUCACAUAUCAGACAGGCAGUUCUAACAGAAACAAAUGAGUGAGACCAUAUUUGUGAAUUACAUCUGUAGGCAAGCAAGUUAUUCACUUGCAAGUUUUCCCUUUGACUUUCACAUUCUCUGGCAGUUAGAAGUAACUCCCCAAGCUGAAGUCUCUCUUUCUUUUCUCUGAAAAGAUCUAGAUUUUUAUUUUUAACUCUCAUGUUGUAUCUGCUUUUUCCACACUGGUCAUGCAAUCACUUCACUAGGCUGUUCUCUUUCCUUUCAUGUUUCUUGUCUUGAUUAUAAGCUUAUAUUAACCAAGAUGCAGUACCUUUCCAGUGCUGCAAGACUCAAGUCAGUUAGCUGGUAAAGGGAAGCUGAAAUUUAACCACUUUCCUCACUGUUCAUCAUCUCUUCAGCUCACAUGGGUACCAGAGCUUGCUCAGUACUCAGUAAGUAGUGCUUCUUAAUUAACAUUAUAAAACAAGUGUGAGAGCAGUGUACUUUCCUAGAAAACCUCCUAGAAAACCAGCUCUGUCUUGUCAGAGAAAGAGCAGAGGACUUGUGAAGAUGAGCUCAGUUUUUAAUCUGGCAGAACUGCCCCUGCCCUGUUCACUAGCUGGAGUGGGUAUACAGUCAGCACCACCACGAGCUGCCAGCUGAGGGAUCUCCCAAAGCAUCUACAGGGAAAGACUAAAACUACUCUUGAUAAAAUGUAUUAGUAGUGCUGUAUCUUGGUCACUGAUGUCUGAGCACUGCUUCUGCUUCCAAAAAGCUAAGGCUACAGCUACUGACUGCAAGAGUAGGCAUAGUAAUGGCACUGUAUGCACACUUCCUUCUUGUCAUCUGGUUUCCUAGCUCUAGGCCUCCUCAGGUUUCCUGUUGUAGAAGUUACCCCUUAAAUUGGGCCUGUCAAGUCCGCAUGCUUCAUCUACAUCUAGGCUCACAUUCUGUUUUCAGCUGAAGUCUUUUUUUCUUACUGAAACAAGCCAGAGGGUGAAAUCCCCUUUUUCCAGAACACCGAAGUAUAUUUUUUUGUCACAGUCCUGGCUCUACAGUGCUGUGGCCACAAACAAUACAUGGACAAAGUUUGGAGCUGAACCUGACAGCAUACCAAGUCCCAACCUUGACCACCGAGUCCACCAGCAAGCUUUCAAGAGAGACAGAAAGAGCCAACUGCUCUGCUGGUUCACUUAGCAGGAAUCUAAAUAGAAAGGAGGAAAGUCCCAAAGCACUUUCUGCUGGAAUCCAUCAGAAAGAAAAAGCUACAGCUCCAGUAACGUCCUCUGACUUACUGCAUACAGUAUGGCAAACAUCAUCACUGAAGUAAGAGAUUAUAAUUAGAAGUAUAAAUUCCUUAACAACCCGACUAUGAUGCAUUGUUUUUUCCUAAAGCCAGUGUUUGACUUAAGACAUUCUUGAUCCUUCACACACCACAGGCAAGGCAGUCUUUCAGAACAACAGAACCCAGUUUGAUCUGUUCUGUACUUCACAAUCCAUGCCAGCUCCUUUCCUGUGCAGCAGUAUGAUGGGUUGUGACACUGUAACACCCUCCUGUCCUGUGCACCUGAAAGGUGAGGACAGAGGAUUGCACAGCAGCUGCAUUGCUGUACAACAGUGAACUUGGGUUGAGUUAUUGUCUCCCACUGGGUGAGGCUGCUUCAUGAGCCCUGCUCAGGGCAGAGAUCUGGUGUCAAACUGCAAAAGCAUCCCCAGCUGCUCUGCAAAACUUUGCCACAAGGAGCCCUGGGAGGUACUGCUAUCGCUUCCAAUUAGGUGUUCAAAUUAAGUGCCUUCACUCUUAACUGGAUGUUUUACAGCUGCUAAAGAGAGUGGUUUAGUUCAGAAAAAAACCUGAUUAUUUUUGAAAGGCAUGCAUUCACCCAAAGCAGCACCAAAUGCAUUAAAAGCAGUGGGCAGCUCCACAUCAACACUAAAAUCCAUUCCCCAUCCAUCCAAAUUGCUCACUUCUCCAGAUUCAUUCCUUCCUUUUAUCUCUCAACCCUGGCAGCUUUUUCUGACCAGCUCAGCACCAUCUCCAGGUUUAAUGUAGCUGUGCUAGAAGGCUGCUGUGGUUUUAGCUCUGUGAGAUACUGGCAGAUAACAAUCUGGGCAGGAGAUCAAAAGUUACACCAGCUGUGUUGCAGUGCAGGCUUCUGAUGGGUUGCUGUGCCUGCACAGACAGCUCUGUGCUUUGGUUUUCUCUAUUUGUGAAGUGUAACUGACCUGAUACACAUAACCUCAAAUCAUGUAAGGCUUUAGGCUUGUUAGCAACAUGAAGGCAACAGACAAAACCAGGUCCUGGUGACACAUGGCAGUCCUUGACUUGCCAAUACUUGGGAGAAGUGUUUAUUGGUUAAAGCAGACCUACAUCUCACAACUAGCGCUGUCAUCACCCUAAAACAAAUAAAUAUUUGGGUGUGCUUUUUAUUAAUAGAAAAAAAAUCAAAUUAGAAGUCAAAUUUUGCUUAUAGAAAACAACACUUAGGUUUUGGUGCCCAUUUAAGCUGUCAUCAUAGAAUCAUUAAGAAUCAUCUUAGAAAAGACCACUGAGAUCACGUAGCCCAACCACCAACCCAUCCCCACUGUACCCACUAACUGUGUCCCUCAGUGCCACAUCUCUACAGUUCUUGACCACCUCCAGGAGCAGUGACUCCACCAGCUCCCUGUGCAGCCUGUGCCACUGCCUCACCACUCUUUAAGAAGUUUUUCCUAACCAUUCUUUGUACCAUCACAUAACAGGAUGGAAGGAAAGGUUGGCACGUACCAUGCUGGCACAUUCUCCCUAUUAGAUACUGGGUUUACAAAGCUGUGAGCUGGUGGGUUCCUGCAGCAUCUUGAGACCAGCAGAGUUGGUGUGAAUGCCACAGCAGAAUUUGCUACAAGUAGUGUUGAUUCCAGUCCAUGCAUACCACAUGCAGUGGUGUACCUGUAGGUGAAUUUCCCAUCAAGAACCACAUUAAGUUUGCUGAUGACACCAAGCUGGGAGCAGAUGUCAAUCUGCCUGAGGGUAGGAAGGCUUCACAAAGGGAUCUGUAUAGGCUGGUGCCCAUUGUAUGAACUUUAACAAGACCAAGUGCUGAGUCCUGCACAUUGCUCACAACAACCCCAUGCAUCACAACAGGCUUGAGUAGCAGGAAAAGCUACUCAAGCUUGGGCAGAGUAGCUGGAAAGCUGCACAGAGGAAAAGAAUCUGGGGAUGUUAGUUGACAGCUGGCUGAACAUGGGCCAGCAGUGUGCCCAGGUGGCCAAGAAGGCCAAAGGCAUCCUUUGUUUUUCUGCUUGUAUCAGAAGUGGUGUAGCCUGCAGGAGCAGGGAGGUGAGUGUCCCCCCUGUACUCAUCAAUAGCCUUUAUCAGCAUCCCAAGGCACACACACUCUAAAACUCCCUAAAAGGAGGCUGGUUGUGAGGUAGGGGUUGGCUUCUACUCCCAGGUAAUAGCAAUAGGAUGAGAGCUAAUGGCUUUAAGUUGUGUCAGGGGAGGUUCAGGUUGGAUGUUAGAAAAAAUUUCUUCUCAUAGUAGUGAGGCAAUGGCAAAGGCUGCCCAGGGAGGUGGUGGUGUCACCAUCCCUGGAGGUACUCAGGAAACAAGCAUAAGUGGCACUGAAGGAUAUGCUUAGUGGGCAUGCAGGGAUAGGCUGGCAGUUGGACUAGAUGAUCUUCAAGGUCUUUUCCAACCCUAGUGAUUUUAUGAUUUUAAGUUCUAAAGAAUUCGCCCACUGAAAGCUCCCAAAGCCCUGGACCUCUUCUUCUCAGACCCUUGGUGCUAGCAGGACAUGAGGGCAUUCAGCUGCCAUCUGAACUUGGUCCACAGAAAAGAGCUAUGAUUGCAGCAGCUUCCCAAAGGAAGAUGAACUCCUGCAUGUAGGGAAGGAGCUGCUGGUUCUGUGUACACACGGUAAGAGCUGUUCUUGUGAAUGCACACUACAAAUGAGCAUGUUUGGCUGUUCCCCUUGCUGCCACUUCAACUGUUAGCCAGAACACUCGGUGACAAGGCACAUUUUGUCCCAGCCUUCCCAUAGCAUACUACUAGCAUGGCUACAGCAACACCUGCCUCAACCACACUAAGCACUGGCCUCAACGCUGUAAGCACAGUUUGGGCCUUCAACAAUGAGAAGCCAUUUCUCCAGCAAGCUUCUCUCUUAGAACAUACUGAGUAUUGAUGUUUGUAAACUACUUCACAACUCCUUGCUGAAAGGCCCUGGAGGAGCUCAAACUAUUUCACAAUAGCACAUUGCAAAUGACCAUCAUACAGGGUUUCCUCGUGCACUACUGGCAGCUUCAGUAACACACAGGUCUGGCAGAAGAGAAAUAAGCAAGCACAGCAAAGGAGAAAGAUGUUUCUAGUUCCUGCUGCUUGGAGGAUUUCCAGAAGGCUUUCUGCCAUGUUUCACUUCCCCAGAACAUUUAAGUCAGCAUUCUCCUCCUUUAGGCACCCCAUCAACGCCAUAACGUGCAUAUGUAAGUAAGCAUCACUUACCUGAGAUUACAGGCAGCCAACAGUAGCAAAGCAGAUGCAGUCCCACAGCAGACAGGUAUCCCAUUCUGUGUAACGGCCUCCAUCAUCUUACAGCCUCCAGACUGUUUCAGAGCAGACCAAUAUCCUGGUGUUGCCAUGCUGGUCUCUCAGCACUGCCACAGAUCCUAGCAACUGGAAGCCUCCUCACACCAAAAAACCCUUACCAAAGGAGCCACAUAGCUCCCAGUAUCACAAACUGUGACCUAGAUUCCUUACUGCAUCUGUUGAGCAUUGAUAUUACAUAUGCUAGACAGCAGGAAGAAGAACUCUGGGGAGAACCUAAGGCCCCGUAUUCUGCAGGAGGCACCUCAGUCAUAGGAGCUCAGCUAGAAUAGAGUGAGUUCAGGGAAGAGCUGUCUUUUUCUUGGGCUCGCAGUGUCCUCCACAACCUCCAGAAGCAAUACAAUUUCUCUGUGAAAGUAAACCAGGAGCAUAAGCCAGAGCACAGCACAGUUCUCUCCAUGCUGUUACAGGAAGAGGAUCCCACCUGCUCCUAUAAAUAGGGACUGCUGAUGGCCUUGGCAGCACCUGGGGCUGAUCUUGCUGCAGCCCUUGCACCUGGUGCAAUUGGUUGGAGAUCCUUAAAGCACUGAAUAGUUCUGCUCUUAAGUACCUCUCCUGCUGUGCCCCCACAGUCCUCCAAUGAGUCCUAAGAAACUUGUGUAUGCCACAGGACAGACAGAAAGACUCAUCCCACCAGGAGUUAAGGAGACGCAGGUUCUCAGCUGCCCUGUACUCCAGAACUGGAUAUGCGCCUCGGAUGAUUCUUUGCCUCACCGUCCUGUGAAAUGCACUUUAUUUAUACGAAAUCAUAUAAAAUGUAGCUAAGGCAGCUCCAACAUGCUACAACAAAGGAUUUAUCUUCUUUGGACAAUUGCAUGUGGCUUCCCUGUACAUCCUGAAGACUUCACAGCCGUACACAUUUACGCAAAACCAAAACCAGGAUGGCAAAAACCUCCUUCAUUUGCACAGAGAAGAUCCCAGCACCUCUCCAUCACCGUGCCAUGCUGUUGGGACACACAGGUGUGGCUGCAGCUAACAGAAGGCCAUGCCACUGGAGCCAGCACCUGCAUGGGAUAAUCAGCUCCAACGCGGUCUCUUCUGUUUCCAAUUGCUAUUUUAAGAAGAUGCCCUCAAAGCAGAGCACCAUUUCAAAGGGUUUUGGCUUCCAGAGAGUAGAACAGCAAAUGCAUGUGGUUGCCAAAGUGCUGCCUCUGGCUUAGUCCAAGCGAGGGAAGAGAAACAGCAAUGCUGCUCUGCGGGGCACCUCUGCUUCACACGCUGUCCUCCAGCUCAAAACCAAGCGCCAACAAACCCACAAGAAGAGCCACGUCCAUUUUGGAACCUCUAAUUUUUAAAUAUAACAUUUUAUUGCUUAGAUGGUUUGAUACAGAACAACUUUUAUUUUGAAUUUGGAAGUACUGUACAACUGAAUAAAAAGAGGAAUAAAAGUACCAAAACAAAUGUGUGAUUCUCUGUUCAUGUGGCAUAAACCAGUCUUGUACACAAUUCGUAGCAGCAGUUUAAGUUCCCUUUAGAAAAAUAUGAAUUCUACAUAUUUAUUACUGUUUCCUGCAUGGGAUGAAAUCACUAGGAUUAACCUUCCUUUGUGGGGAGAGAAGAGAGAAAGGAGACACACAGAGGAGAGAGAAAAUUACGAAUCAUUCUGAAGAUGGAAUCAGUCUCACAUAGCCCCGAAAAGUUAUUUCAGAAUUGCCUCAAACAAGGUGGUUUUGUUGUGUUUUUUUAAUAGCUUUUUUUUUUUUUUCUUUUUUCUUUAUUUCUUUUUGCGCUUUCACAGUCAAGUGCUCAAUGUAGUGAUUGAAUUAUCUCCACGUUAAGUCCAUUGCAACUCAGGCAAAAGAAUUUCAGAAGAUCCUUUUCUGUUUGUUUUAUGUAAAAGCCCUGAGAGAGGAAAAAAAAAAUAAAAAUAAAAAAGAUCCAAACAAAAAUCGUAUAGAGACAAAUUAGCUGAACAUGCAAACUAAAGCCUAAGAUUCACCCAUAGUUUAAACACAUUAUAAAUUUCACAGUUUAAUAUUGGGGGAGGAGGGGAAACAAAAAACCCAACAACAGCAACAGUUCUCAGUCAAACUCAACUAAUAAAAAUGUCAAUAAGAUGUGGCAAGACCUUAUACUCUACUAGGAUACAGAUAAAGGCUAAAUAAAGCUUUAACUCAAUAGUGAUUAUUGCUAGCAGAUGUCCCGGCAGGCUGCUGGGAAUUCAUUACGUGCUACAUCGUUCUGCAGCAUAUAGUUUAGUAAUGGCUUCUCCCCCACAGUAUUGCGCAGUUUAGUGUGGAGAGUUGCAAAAACAAAAACCAACAAAAAACAAAUUAAAAAACAAAAAAACAACCCAGAUAAAACGAAUAAACCAAAAAAAAAAACAAAACAAAAACAAAAUAACAAACGACGAGAACCAAAAAAAUACCCCAAAUAAUAAUAAUAAUUAUUAUUAUAAUUAUAAUAGUAAUAAGGAUUUAAGGGAUGCGUGAACUGGUUUCCAUUAAGUAGAAUGCACCUGGGUAGUGAAUUUAGUGAAUCAUUGGUUCUGACUGACUCUCUGGCGUUAGCUUCGUUUCUGAACGGGUUCAAACAUCCCUAUUUAACAAACAACAACAAAGCAAAAAAUAGAAAUCACAUAUACCUCAACCAUUUUUUUCUUAUUCUAUCUGCAAGAAUAUUACUCAAGAAAGUUUCUCUUCCUUUGAAUUCCAGACAGUUACAUUUCAGUCUCCAGAAACUUUCGGAGAAUUUUUAAUAUAGAUAUAGCUAUAUAUAGAUAUAUAUUAUAUAAUAUAGCAUGGGUCCGAGGCCCACGUCCUCCAUGUCUGAUGAAAGCAGGAAAAGCGGAUCUGCGGGGCGGGGAGAUCACAGUGCGGGUUGGGGCUGAGUGGUGGCAUAGCACAGUGAGGCUCCGGCAUCGCUAUUAUGGCUCUGUCUGUCCCAGAGGUCAUGACUGAAGGACAAUUAACAAACAACAACAACAAGAACAACAACAACAAAAACGCCGCCCGCUCCUAGAAGCGUGCAGCUACAGUAGGAGACAUUUCCUUUAACCCCUUCAACACUGGCGGCUGGAGCAUCACCUGUUGCCGGCAACAGGAGCCAUCCGGAGAAAUCCCAGCUCCCAGCAUUGAAGGGGUUAAAUUACUGAUAUGAAAUUUAGACGCACACCUCAAGUCUUCAAGCAUCAACCCCAAAAAUCUCAGGAAGAAUUUCUAUUUAUUAUUAUUAUUAUUUUUUUCUUUUUCUUUUUAAUUUAAUUAAUUAAUUUAUUUUUUAACAUGUCUUAUAUCCGUAGUUUUAUCACCAGUAGUAUUUUCUUGCUCCAGAACAUGACGGUAAGUAGCAAGAUGAUGGUAAGGCUCGCAUUUCUCUCUUGCUCGCUUUCGACUGGAAGACUGAGUCCCUUGGCUCCGAAGGAAGGCGUGCUGCCGCCGGGUGACAGCACGGAGAUGGCCGUCCUCGGGCACGUGCACCACGAGCAGCGGGGCGUCCCCUGCACGGCUGUGAUGACAGCCUGCUGGCCUCUGAUUGACUCUCCGGUCAGAGGAAGGGUUUCGAUUAAAGUACAGUAGAAGAGCUGCAACAUAGGAGGAGGAGUUGGUGAAAGCUUGAAGUCAAAACAUGUAAAGAGGGGAUCCAAGCUGCGUUACACGUCUGCGUGGGCAAAUAUUGCCCAUUGGUUUCUGCUGACUGCAGAGACAAGCAAACUGAUGAAUUUAUAAAAUAAUUAUAAAAUAAUAAUAAUAAUAUACUGAAGCAAAUCAAACAUAUAUAACAGCGGGUGCAUAAUUUCCAUAGGUCACGUUGCUAUGUAACUCUUCUCUGUAUACGCACUCAGUCCACGACGGCCAGAAGAAAAACCCUAGUAUCUAGAACACCAUUUCUAACGCUGAAAAGUGGAAACAAGUAUGAGGUUGAAAUUCUUUGCACUUCCUGCUUUUGGCUCCAACCACUUUGAACACCUUCGGCUGCCACGCUGCUAAUGCCUAGAACAGGCUUAAUGCUCCACCGUGUGGCAAAUGCGAGAACGUCUACUGAGAAAACAACAACCGACAUCUCGCCUGCGUUUCCUCUGACUGUUCCGUAUGAAAUUCACAUAAAUUGCUUCCAGUUAUUGGCUGUGGUAUCCAAGGGCCUCCCACCCCACUGCCCCGUUUCCAGCUCAGAGAACAAACACAGAGACUAUCAGAUAUACAAGACCAAGCUCACACACACCAAUACAAAAGGUAACAUUAAUGCUUAAAUGAAAAAGGUCCUCUCCAAAUAAUUCAUUAAAAUAUUAAAAAAAAUCAUUUUUGAAAAAAAAAAAAAAAUCUA